UUCUAGUGCGAACUUCAAUUCCAACAUGCAUGUCAAGAACUUGUGUAUAAGUUUUACGUUUUUCUUCUUGAAUGAAUAUAACUGUCAAGUUGGCAGAUCGUGGCUGGAUGAUGCCCUAGAACCAAUAUAUUGGCCUUUACGACGCACGCUGAAUGAAAUUGUGAAAAGUGUUAUAGAAAAUAGGAAAGCGACAGAACGAAACAACCUCCCAAAGCCAGAACUGUCUGAAAACUUGGAAUUUCCUUGUAAAUUUUCAACCCCUAGAAGCGAAAAGGUCCCUCAAAGUGUACACAAACUCAGACCUGGUGAUAUAGACCUAAUUGGAGUUAUCGGUGACAGUUUAACAGCUGGAACUAGCGUUUCUGCGACUAACCUACUGGAAUUGCCAGCUGAAGAGCGCGGUGCAUCUUUUGCCGGAGGUGGAGCUGACACUUGGAGGACAAGGUUGACACUGCCAAACAUUUUGAAGGAGUUCAAUCCUCAACUCUCUGGUUAUGCAACAGGAACCUCAUUAUAUAUCGAAAAAGCAGCUGGACUAAACUUUGCUGAGCCAGCUGCCUUUUCAUCAGAUAUGUUUACGUUCAUCCAGUUAUUAGUACAGCGAAUAAUGAAUGACCCGACAGUAGAUUUUCGGAAAGAUUGGAAGAUGAUAACAAUAAUGAUGGGUCACAAUGACUUCUGUACGGCAAACUGUAAUUUGAAGAAUCCUUAUGAUGCUUUGAUUAUGCACGCUAAGGACUUGGUCAAAGUCUUGAGGUUUAUAAGAGAUAACUUACCUAGAACAAUUGUUAAUAUUGUACCGCCUUAUGGUAAGUUAUAUAAAUAUAUGUUUCUGCUAUGUUGGUUGUCAAAGUUAUCGCACUAAUCAAAUGAAACUACCUUUGCACAAGGUGUAAGUAACCCUUACAAAAUCACGUUUGUAACUAACGAGACUGAUUGUGUUGUGGUUUGCGGUGACAGAACCCGUUCCAGGAAGAUUCAAGUCUAAGCAGAGCGUUUUCGGUGACAUUAUCAAGAAAUGGCAAAAACUCGAUGUAAUGAUAGCUGAUCUGCCAGAGUUCGAUCUAGAAGAUUUCACUGUCAUUGCUCAUAAUUUCACUAUAGGCUACGAAGUGCCUAAAACGUCUGAUGGUGGAACGGAUUAUAGCCUAUUUGCUGUCGACUGCUUCCACUUUAGCCCCUCUGGGCACGCAAGAGCUGCUACAGACCUAUGGAACUCACUGAUGGGGACGUCAUACGGAAGAAAAACAGUUGAUAUCGAUGGCAACAAGCUAAUCUGCCCAACAGAAGAACACCCUUACAUAUGUACAAAGAGAAAUAGCAGACAGUGCAAUGUUGCAAUGAACAAAAUUAUGAACUGAGCACAACUCUAACAUUUCGUCGAAGAUUUAAAGGAAGUAAAAAUGAAUUUACGAGAUGAGUAUUCCUGUAAUAGUAGUUACCAACAAAGGAAUAAAGAAUGGUAUCAUCAUUAUUGGUCAUGGAUCAGCCAGCUUGUAUACCAAAUAAAAACUCGCAGUACAAUUUUCGAUAAUUCCAUUAUUUUACUGUAAAAAUUAAAAACAGAAUUACAUUUUGCUACUGAUAAUGCUAUAAAAAGAUCAUCAUUUUAUGUUCACAUGAUUGGACGUAUCUACUAGCCUAUACAAGUAUCCCUAAUUGCAAUAAAAAUUUAUUAGGUCUACAAGAUAUUUUCAAGGUAAAACGCAUGGUAUAAUAUGCCUACCACAUAAUGGUUUGCUGGUGACUUUAUUAAAAAUAAAUUCGAUGUGAAUAGUAUGUAUUAUUAUUUAAUACACCAAUGCAAAUAACCUGAAAAGCGCUCACACUUAAACCAACCAAUCUACUUUGAAUGUUUAAGUUAAAUGAUUGAAAGAAAUCUUAUUGUUGCAUUGUCACAUAUCAGGCUUCAGUUUUGUCUAAUAGUUAUCAAUUAUAACUUUAUUGAAAUACGUUUUUCUUUCUAUUCAAAACGUAAAUAUGUCAUUGAAAUAACACAAACAUCGUUUUUGAUUUGUGAACAAAUAUGGCGCAACAACUGUGACCACUACAUAGUUUUACCAUU